CCUCCGCUUUGGCUGCUUUUGGCCGCAUUCUUCUUGGUGGGCCUCUUUGCAGCCAAGGAAGGAGGGCGGCGAGGCGGGCGCUUCGCUCAUGAAUGGCCCCAUUGAGAGCCACAACCGGAGGACGGUGUGCACAACCCUAGACAACCCCGAGAAGGAGAAGGAAGAGAAGGAGAAGGAGGAAAACCGAGGAGAGAAGGAAGGAAGCGCUUCCGGGGGCAACCACCUGCCCGUGAUGCUCAACCGCGCACACCAAGGAGGGAAAGCCUUUGGGUUGCUCAAAGCCACACAAGGAGAACGGCUGGAAGAAAUCAACAAGGAAUUCCUCUGCGACCCCAAGUUUAGCAAUGAAGAGGAUUUGGAGAAAAAACUGGCCGUUUUUAAAGAGAAAUACAUGGAGUUCGACUUGAACAACCAAGGUGAAAUUGACCUGAUGUUGGUGAAGCGGAUGAUGGAGGAGCUGGGCUGCCCGAAGACCCACCUGGAGCUGAAGAAGAUGAUGGCCGAGAUCACGAGAGAGGUCAGACACACCAUUGCCUACACCGACUUCGUCAAACUCAUGUUGGGAAAACGCUCCGCCGUCCCGAAGCUGGUCAUGAUGUUUGAAGACAAGGCCGGCGAAGGCACUGCCCCGAAGGCCCCCGGCCCCCCUCCGAAGAGGGACAUCUCUACCCUGCCGUGAACCCCCUUCCUUUGGGAGAAAGACCCCCACUUGACCCCAGACCUUUUAGGAAGCCUGCCCUCCCUUACUAACUCUCUGCUUUAGCAAAGGAAGAAGGAUCGAGAAGGGAAAUUCCUGGGACCCCGGCCGGAGGGACCUCUUAGAAGUAGCCGUUUUAAAUAUAUGCAUAUAUAUAUAUAUAUAUAUAUAUAUAUAUAUAUAUAUAUCAUAUAAACAUAUAUUAUACACAUAUCUAUCUAUUUAAGCACUGUCUGUAUAGCCGGCCGUGUCUCUGAAAUGGGCCUGGGUUCUCUUUGCAAACAAAAUGUCAUCCUUUUGUAAAUCAUUAAUGACUUUAAAUAAUUAUAAUCUAUAUCUUCUAAAUCUAUAUCUAGGAUGGUUUUAAAUGGGGUAUUUUACUAUUUGAUAAAUUGUUUUUUAAUGUUUAUGUAUUGUAUUUGAAUUUGUGUCCCGGCAUUGAAUGUUUGCCGUAUAUAUGCUGAGUCCCCUUCGGGGUGAGAAAGGCGGAAUAGAAAUGUUUUAAAUAAAUAAAUAA